ACCAAACCACGGAGUGACGCAAAUUUCCCGCCCUGGUCUCUGCCAGAUUACCGUGUGACGGGAAAGUCAACAAAGUAAGAGGAUUCCUCGCAGAUUUUCCUCGCGUGUACUAUCAUCACUCGUGCCUCCCGUGACAGCUGAGCCAUGCCUUCCACUCAUGACUGGAUCAACGAGCCUCUGGGUGUCGUGGAGGGGAUGUUCGCUGCUUCCCAGACUGAUCAGAGCUCAGGAUGGGAGGCGAAGGCGGUGGAGUUUUUCAGAGAGCAGCUGAAGGAGAAAGAAGCUCAGACUCGGGUCCCGUCUCUGAACGACGUCCCUCUGCACUACCUGAAGCCCAACAGCCUGGUGAAGUUUCGCUGUUUAAUCCAAGACAUGUUUGAUCCGGAGUUCUACAUGGGAGCCUAUGAGACUGUCGAUCCGUCCACAAAGGCCAAAACGCUGCGAUGUGGCAAAUAUAAAGACGUGACAGAGUCUGGGGUGGACUUAAAUUGGAGAAGCACAGUAACUGCAGAGAGACAGACUUUCUACUGUGUUCCCAUCCCUGGAGAAAACCAGUGGGCCAAGGACGGGUAUGCAGAGACGACGGGUAACCAGGGGAGGGCGGUCCCCUCCACGUCGUACGUGCCGAGCAGACAGAAGCGGAGCUACGAGGAGGACGAGGAAAUGGAAGUUCAGCCACAGAAGCAGAAGGAGUCUCAUGGAGCUUCUCAGAGCACAACAGACCAGCAUGGCAAUGGCGACUGUAAGCGCCAGGAGACGGAAGCUCCCUCCAUCCAGGCAGCAUCUGCCUCCCACCUCGACCUCAACUUCCCCCUGCCGGGUGAGAAAGGCCCCUCCUGCUUAGUCAAGGUGUAUGAGGACUGGGACAGCUUCAAACUGAAUGAUACGCUGGAGGUCUACGGGAUCCUGUCAGUCAGUCCUGCUCUCAGUGCUCUGGCCGAUGAAAAGGAUGCCUUCCUGGACCCCACAGAAAACAUGGAGACUGCAGAGGAGCAGAGAGUCCACAGCCCACCAGCCUCACUCGUCCCCCGUCUUCACAUGCUGUACGCCAAGCGGCUGGCCCACAACAACCCGCUGCUGCCGUACGGUGGCCUGGAGGAAAGCAGCGCCUUUUUGUCGUCGACUCUGGGGGAGAUGGCCGCCGUCAGGGCGGAGCUGCUCUCAUACUUCACCCACGUCCUCCUGGGAGACGCCCUGGCUGCUGAGUACCUCCUCCUUCAUCUUAUUUCUACCGUGUACGCCAGGCGAGACGUUCUGCCGCUGGGCAAGCUGGCCUUGAACCUGAGUGGUUGUCCCGCCGUCUCCUCAUACACAGAGCGCCUCUACCAGAUCAUCCAGCAGCUCGUGCCUUCGUCCUACUACCUGGCGAUGAGCCUCCAGAACAUGAACCAGAUGCGGCUGGUGCCUAAGAAGGACUAUGUGGCAAACCGGCUGGUGAGCGGAGCGCUGCAGCUGGCUAAGAACACGUCCCUCUUCCUGGAUGAAACCCAGCUGGAGCAGGGGCAGCUGGACACCACUGGUGUGCGUAACGUUACGGCCCUGGGGAACCUGAUCUCUUGGCAGAAGGUGGAUUAUGACUUUAACUUCCACCAGAUGGAGUUCCCCAGCAAUGUUAAUGUGCUCAUUGCGUCAGAGGGCCGCUCGCUGCUGCCGUCCGACUGUCACAUUCACCUGCAGCCUCAGGUGGCUCCGUCUCACAUGGAGGAGUAUCUGGGCAGCCUCCAUAUCCAUUCGCAGGCCUCAUCACAGCUGAACAAGUUCAGAGUCUUCCUGGGCGUGGCUCGGCUGCUCGACUACAGCAUCUCAGAGGAAGUGACAAAGGCAGUUGAAGACGACUUUGUUGACAUGAGGAAGGACGACCCCCAGAGCAUGUCUGCUGACGCCCUCCACAGGAUGCUGGUUGUGGCGAGGCUGCUGUCGCUGAGCCUAGGACAGACGUCUCUGUCCAGAGACAGCUGGCUCAGGGCCAGACACAUUGAGACGCUGCGAAGGAGCCGGAUGGAGCAGCACAAGAGCGUCAACGGCAACGAGCCGUGAUCACCGCCAUUUUUGUUUAUUUUUGAUAUCCGUUUGUAAUAAAGACUUUUUUCAUGUCCCCUUCA